AAAUUUAUUUUAUAUUCAAAAUUAUAACUGAAAUUCUGAAAAUUGUAAGCGAAAAUGAAUCGACAAAUGCGAAAAGCACUUCUUUCGAUAUUUAUUAUCAUCAACUUGACAAAAGCCUAUGACAGAAGAGGAACUGUGUAUGAGGCCGACUUCAGAACGUUGGAUGAAACUCAGGGUUUAACUGUUAGAAGAUUAAACAAUAAUGCUUACGAAUUUUUAUAUACAGAGGAAUUUAACGCUGACACAAAUCCUUUAAAACUUAAUUUCAAUUACUUUUUCGAAAAAAGUGGAAGUCGACAAAUUGUCGAAGUUGAUAAUAUAUGUGGCGAUUAUAAAUACGGCACUCCGGAAUAUGCUGCCCAACAUUUCGUAUUAGAAUUUUUAGCCGAAACUAAGGAAUGUCCGAUUAAAAAGGGAACAAGAUUCGUAUUCAGAACAGGAAGGACUUACCAAUAUUCUAACACUUUCCCGAGUUGUGGAAUAAGCUAUGGAUUUGUUAGUAUAUUUAGAACAAAUACAACAAGUGGCCAAUCACCUUUAGUCCUUCUAUUUAAUUAUAGAGGACUUAUUACUGGCAAUGAUUGUCAAUAAAAAGUGAAUUGCUUAACUUUCCUUAAAUGGAAAUUUGUAUGAAUAAAAUUUUAAAUUAAACAAAUGUUAAAUAAAUAUUAAAUAAAUGUUAAAUAAAUGUAUUUAAAAAAAAACAA